AUGGCGUCGUCACCACCAGCGAGCAGCCCAAAUGCUCCCCAGACUCCUACCAACGAUGCACAAUCAUCACACGCAGCAGGCGCAACACGCGAGCGCUCCAACUCGUCGGUACCGCUGGCGAAACGCUUCAAGCUCGACCAUGCCGAAGCUUCCGCAACACCCGGUGCAUCCAAUCCCACCAAUGCUUCCAUCAACGGCGCCAAGCCAGCCACCACGGCAGCAGCAGCAGCAGCGGCGGCGGCGCCCGAGCAGAGAGACAACUUUGACAGCUUGGUCGACGUCAUGGGUGCAUCGGGUGUGGAUCUGCAGGCAGAGGAGGAGGCGAUCCAGCGACGCGAGCAGCUCAUGCAGCAAUCCCGAACCGCACAACACAGGGGUGCACAGCCCGACGACGACGAAGUCUUCCUCCAGAUCUACCCGCUCGCCUACAAGGUGCACACGCUCGCACAGCAGCACGGCCUCAGCGUGGACGCGGCCGUGCUCAACUACCUCUCGCUCGCCGCACGCACCAGGCUCAAAAACAUGCUCGAGGCCAUGAUCGCAUCGUCGCGCCACCGCAGCUGGUCGUCGCACCACCAUGCGCCGCCGCUCUACGCAUCCACCUCGCAGCCGAUGUACGACGAGCAGAUCCUCACCGAUCCCGCCAAGCAGCUCGCCGCUGUCGAAAAGGCCGAACGAGGCGACGAAGCCAGAAGGCGGCGCGAACGCCUCGCUCGAGACGAAGAGUCGUCUGCAGCCGCAGCCGGUCUCGACGCCGACAUGGACCUGGACGACGGCACGACCAAGGCCGACGGCAGGAAGCGGCCCAAAAAGAUGGGCCCCGGCGUGGCGGCGCGCAACAUGUCGGAGGACGUGCGCAAGCGGCUGGCGGACAGCACCGCCAUGCGCAACCUCGGCGGCGGCUCGUCCAAAUACUCGUGGCUCUCCGGCGGCUCCUCCUUUCCCGGCAGCUUCAGCCCGCUCGGUGCCAAAAAGUCAAAGCCAGACGCGGACGAUGCAAAGUCGGCCAGCCGGUUGCCCAAGCCCAAGUUUGCGCCUCAACCAGCCGUGUCCAACUGGAGUGGUGGCGGCGCCAGCGAUGCCGGUGCAGCAGCAUCAUCCAACGCCUCCACGGGCGCGUGGGGCGACGUCACAGCUCGCCAAGCAGCAAAGGACCAGGAGGAACGCCAGGCUCGUCUCAAAGUCACGCUGCGCGACGCGCUGUUUGCGCUCGAGUACGAACGAAGGGCAGGCGCAGGUCACGGCAGUGGAGAGGCGCUCCUCUAUCGCAUACGUGCCGGCGAUGACCACUUUCUCAAGGCCAAGGAGGCGCAGUAG